AUGCUGGAGAUUCAGGCAGCUCGGCGGUUGAGUUCUCACACGAGAAAGCUUCAGACCGAGCUGCUGGCCGUCUUCACAGUGAUCAUGCCCAGCCUUGAGGACGCCAUCGUGAAGCAGGUGGAGAUCGAGACCCUUUCCUUGGAGGCCACCAAUGAGGCCAUCGCGAGUGCCGUCGCGAGCACGGGCUUCUCGGGUGCCUUGGAGGUUACCGGCAAGACGACCAUGCGAGUUGCGGGUCCGACCACGACCACCACGACGACCACAACGACACAGGCCGGCAACACCACCACUACCGAGGGCGGUGAUGACGGCGAUGCGGGUGACGACGGGGACGAUGGUGACGAUGGCGACGAGCAGCCGCCCAGCUCGGCAAUCGCGGGCAGCGCCUCCGCUGCGGUGCUGGGACUGGCUGUCGCUCUCUUGGCUUGA